UACGCGUUAAUUUUUACGAUAUACGACAUAAAUAAAGAAUUUACGCGUCCCUAAAUUAUAUUACAUUACUUUACCUCCUUUACCUCCUUUUAACGGUGAAAUCAAUAAAAUAAACUUUUUUCUCAAAACAAUAAUUUUUUAAAUAUUUAAAUUUAUUUUGAUUAUGGAAACAGUAACUAACGAAGCUUUAAAAGCAAGCGGAAGUUGGCUAGCAAAGGAACGCCAAAAAUUUGAGAAUUUUACUGAAGAAAAAUUUCAAAGUUUUUCAGCUGAAUGUCAGCAAGAGUCCGAUUGGCUCAGAAUUUAUUUGCAGAAUAUUAUUCAGGCUACGAAAAAUGUUAAAAUUUUAAAGAAAAAGGAAAAGCCUACAGUUAAUAAUGAAAUAAGUGAAACUUCCAGUUAUGUUGAACCUACCAGUUCGGUCCAGCAGACAAGGAAAUUAGUUAUAAAACGUACUCCAAGAUCUAAACACGAAAAACCAGAAAUCAAAUCCUUGGUUCUCGCGGCGGCUGCUGCCAAAAGGGAACAAGAGAAGCAAGAGAAAAGAGCCAAGGAAAGAGAAGUUGCUCGUCGUCGUGCGAAAGAAAAGAAUAUAGAUUUAAUUGGAAGAAAGAAAGUGAAUCAAAUUCAAGAUAAUGGUGAAAAAAAACCUGAAAUAUUAGACUUAAAUAUUAUAGAACAACCUAAACAAUUUGUAUUACCAGAAGUAGUUAGCGAUGAUUCUAGUGAUGAGAAGAAAGUUAAGACCAAGCAUCAACGACGGCGUGAAGAUUGGGAACAGAGUCCUGUAUUAAAAGCGACUUUAAUACGCCAGGCUUCGAUUGAUCCUGAAACUAUUUUUGGGAAGGUUCCUCCGCUUAAUAUGGAUGAAAUCUUUGAAGGACGAGAACAUAAAUUUCGCCCAAGAUCUAGUUCAGCAGAUUGGACAGGUUUGGAUGCAUUAACAGUAGAUGAAGAAUUGGAAUAUAAAGUAUACAUGGGAUUUAGAUGAAUUUAAAUUUUAUCAAUUCCAUUUGAUUGUUAAUGUCUAAACAUUAUUUGUCAGUUUAAAUAUUGAAAAAAUCAUUUGAGUAUUGUGAAAAAAAAACUGAUUUUUCAUAUAAUACAGGAAUUCAAU